UAAAACCCAGACUGGUCUCCUGCUCAUUUCGUCAGGGGAACAAGUCAGACAAGGAAACAGCAGAUUACUGUAAACAUUUUAAAAUGGCACACGUCACAUUUAUUGUCACGCUUCUUGUUGCAGUUUCAACACUUUGUUUAUCAAAAGACCUUUCAAACGGUUGGAAUGAUAAAAUAAAAUGGCAGACCCUUAAGGAUGCAUUGAAGGAUUCUGAAGAAACUAAAAGACCAGUGAUGCUGGUGAUCCAUAAAUCAUGGUGCGGAGCUUGUAAAGCUUUAAAACCUAAGUUUGAGGAGUCUGUUGAUAUAGAAGAACUCAGCCCACAUUUUCACAUGGUGAAUGCACUUGAUGAUGAUGAACCUAAAGAUUCAAAAUAUGCUCCAGAUGGUGGAUAUAUACCUAGAAUAUUGUUCAUAUAUGAAGGUGAAGUAAGAGAUGAUUUAAUCCACGAGGGAGGAAAUGCUAAAUAUAAAUAUUACUAUCAUAAUCCAGAAGGAAUUGUAAAGACGAUGAAAAGGGCAAUAGAGAAAUUUGACCUGAAACCUCCUUCUCACACAGCUGAUGAGCUUUAACUUUAAUAUUUUUUAGUUUCACAUUUUAAGAAAAAUAGGGCAGCUAUAUUCAUGACCCUCUAGUCAUCAUUGGUGUUGGUUAACUUUUUUUUAAAGGUCCGUAUUCUCAGAAACUCAAAAGUUAUUCAGUUCAAACUUGGUAUACACAUUCACUUUUAAAAUAUGACACCAUUUUCAAAAGGGUAGAUAAUCUGAAUAUUAUUUUUU